GAAUCAUCUCAAAAACGGAUAAAACCCACCACCGUAUAUACAAAAAGAUUUUGGUCUUUUCCAUUGUUAUUUUCACACCUUCCCUCUUAUCGUUCUCGUUAUCUCUACCCGGUGGUGGAUUCAUCUCUCCCUCCCUCCCUCCCAUGGCAGCCAAUAAUUCAGGCAGUGGUCCACCUCCUAAACCAUGGGAACGAGCUGGCGGGACUUCGUCUGGUCCAGCUCCUUUUAAACCACCAUCUGCAGGCAGCACUAGUGACGUAGUUGAUGCUUCUGGUACAGCAAACCCUGGUGAAAUUGUUACCACAAAUGAUACAACUUCAGCAAUUAACAGAAAUACACUUGGGAGACCUGUUCCCUCUAGACCGUGGGAGCAAAAUCAGACAUAUGGAGGUACGGGUUACGGUUCCACUUUGGGCUACAAUUCUGGUUAUGGGGCAGGAGGUUAUGGCUCAUACGGUGGAAUGGGAUCCUAUAAUAGUGGUUUAUAUGGUGGAAGCAGCAUGUAUAAUAGAGGUUAUGGUGGUGGCCUUUAUGGAAGUGGUGGCGGCAUGUAUGGUGGGGGGAUGUAUGGUGGAGGAACGUAUGGUAGUAGUUAUGGCAUGGGCAUGGGCAUGGGCAUGGGUAUGGGUAUGGGUAUGGGUAUGGGCAUGGGCGGGCCUGGUGGUCCGUAUGGUGACGAGGAUCCCAAUAAUCCAUUUGGUCCUCCUUCGCAGCCUCCGGGAUUUUGGAUCUCUUUGAUGCGUGUGAUGCAAGGAUUUGUAACGUUUUUUGGCCGAGUAGCUAUGCUGAUAGACCAAAACGCACAGGCGUUUCACAUGUUCAUGUCGGCCCUUCUUCAGUUGUUUGAUCGGUCAGGGUUAUUAUACGGAGAGUUAGCUAGAUUUGUAUUGCGAAUCUUGGGUGUUAAAAGAGUGCCUAACAAGAUUCAGCCGCCUGGACCUAAUGGGCCUCAAACUCACAUCGAGGGGCCCAAAGGCGCGCCUGCGCCUGCUGGUGGCUGGGAUGGUGUAUGGGGAAACAAUUAACGGCCAUGAACAAACAAACGGAAGAAAUGAAUCAAACAACUGAGAAGUGUCUAUGAAGUUAUGGAUUGCAAACGGAAACUCUGCUAGUUGUGCGUAUAGAUAAGGUAUUCUCUGUAUUUGGAGAUGCUCGUUGUGUGAAAUUGUUUUUUCGUUUUCUUAUAUCUGCAUGCGUAGUAAUAUUGUAAUGAUAGAUAUUGCCCGUAAAGGAGAAUAAGAAUGAACCAAGAGAUUUCAAGCUCUUUUUUAUGGGAAUUUAAUGUUGUCUUUCAAGUGUU